AUGUCAAAACGAACUUCUCAGAGUCAGGGUGGGAAGGAUAUUGGAUUUGGUCCCGAGAUGUCUGCAAAUCCAGAUGACAUUCCCAAGCGGGCGACAGCUGCGCAAUUGGCUGCUAGAAAAAUCAAGCAGGCUCGACAACGCCCUCGUGUAGCCUCUUCAAGUACUGCGACUUCAACUUCUCAAUCAUUCCCUAGUCCUUUCAACACUAUCGAUCCCAACAUCGUCCCCCCUAACUCUUCUGCUGGAACAAACGGCUUUUCUUUUAACCCUUCGCAGAGUUUCCCGGCGCCAACUCCGGGUCCUGGCACACAAACCAUGCAGUCUCCUUUCUUUGGUGAUCAGAAUAACACGGGUUCUAAGCUGUUCGGCAGCCAAUCAGGAGUUACUCCACCGUCAUCGUCCUUCAGCUUCUCGACGUCCGCAAAUCAGGAGAUAAAGAAUCCUUUCUCCAAUUUGUCUUCUGGAUUUAGCCAAAGUCAAGGAGGAGGCUUUCAGGGCUUCCAAGGGAACACCUUCAACAUCCCAGGCACUGCAAACCAAGGCACCCCAAAUAACACCUCUCAGCUAGCACAAACGCGCAAUAUCUUUGGCGUAUCUCAACCACAACAGCCGCAGCAGACCUCUUUCCUCUUUGGAGGUUCCAAAGCACCAAACACCACUGCGCCUUUUUCGCCUGCACCUCCCGCCUCUGCAGCACCAGCAACAUCAACCGCUCCUUUCGGCCAAUCAAGUAACACUUUCGGCGCGUCCUCAACAUCUAUAAGCAUAUUUGGUGCUGCUUCUCAAGUUGGGAACCCAAGUGAUGAGAUGCAAACUUCUCCUGAUAGUAAAACUGGUGCUGGUGCAAAUAGGCAAAAUCAGUUCUUUGUGUCAGGGGUUUCGCAGCCAUCAUUCACUGCGCCAUCAGGCCCACCAUCUCUAUUUCAGACUUCUACUCCCUCCACUUCUAAACCUUUUUCAAGCUCUCUUUUCCAACCAAAAACUUCCGCUGGCAGCACACUCUUUGGAAACCUGAACAAGUCUGACGCCCCCGCGGCUCCUGCAUCGACGAUUGGGCAGCCGUCUCCAAAGUUUUCAUUUACCCCGUCAUUAAUGACUGGCAGCUCGAUAUUUGGACAGGCGAGCAAACCUGAAGAGAAAGCAGCUGCUACAUCCACAACAAGUACAGAUAGCGCCACCUCUUCGGUUCCAGCGUUUACCAACUCUUUCCAAGCUCCCUCCUCUGCUCCCUUCAGCCUUUUUGGCGAUAAUUCAAAGCGAAAGGAGCAGUCAUCAAAUCAAUUUGCAAGCGAAAACCAGCCAUCGUCAUCUCAAUCCCCGGCUCCACCACCUGCUAGUGCUCCUGAGUCAUCCACUCUUGCUGCCACUGGGACUGUGCUUUUUGGUCAUAUUUCAAAGCCUGCAGAGUCAACAACCUCCGCAUCCGUUUCAGACAGCCAACCCGCUCCAGCUACCGGAACUUCACCCAAGUCUCCACCGCCGGCCCCAGCUGCUCCUGUGUUUCCGUCUACGCCCAGCAGCACUUCAUUAUUUGGUCGUGCUAGCAAACCAGCGGAAAUUACACCAGCCACCUCGAUGUUUGGCACCCCGGCUACUUCAGGGGCUACUUCUUCCACAUCCGCGUUUUCCUUUACCCCUAGGUUGAAUAAUCUGUUCCAGACUUCCGAGAAUGCCCCUGCCACAGCCACUCCAGAAGCGAAGCCAAAGGAAGACACUCAAACUACAAAAAGCCUCUGUCAAACUUCUUCUACUGAGACAACAUCAACUACUCAAAGUAAGCCGUUGUUUUCAAGCUUCUCUCAUGAUAAACCGGCAACUAGCAACAUAUUUGGAUCCAAGAACCCAACGGCUCCAGAAAAGGUUCCAUCAACGCCUCCCGCUCCUUCACCUACACCGAGCUUUACGCCAACAACGACGGUGAAGCCACUGUUCGGUGCAAUAACCAAUGGUGGAGCAAUUACCAAGCCCAAGGAGGGCACGCCAGCGAAACCAAUGUCUUCUACUAAGAGAAAAGAACCUAUAAUUCCUAAAUUUCGACUUUCGUCAUACGGCCCACCAGCUAUUCCACACGAACUUAACAAUGAUGAGCGCGCGGAAUUUGAUACACAAUGGCGCGUGCAUGCGUUGAACACCUCCUUCAAGAAGAACAUCGCAACCACUGAUCCCAGUACCGAUGAUCUUGAGUCCUUGAUCGAGUUCUAUAUUAUAAUGCGACAGAAUAUUGGAGCUCCCACCAACAUGCGUGUUUUGCCUAGAUCUGGAACAAAACGCAAGGCAUUAGUAAUGGAAGAAAUUUCCUUGCGCAAGAAAGCCCGAGAUUUGGACUCCAUUGCUUCUCAAAAUGGAACGGCUGACCAUCACACUUCCAGCGCCACGUCAUCAUUUUCAACUACAGAUAUGAAUGGUAGUUUCUCUAGCGAGAAAUCUUCAGAUGUAACCUCAUCGUUUUGUUCGAUUACGUCUCCCCCCGGGAAGAGAAAGGCAGAUUACACCGCAAACGCCGCUGCCUCCUCUAAUGAGGCUAGCAAGCGAUCCAAGCAUUUUGGCGAUAAUUCUGCAAGUUCGAGCGUAUUUCAGAAACCUGCUAGCAAAUCCAUAUUCAGCCUUGGUGGAAGUCAAUCUGAGUCCACGAAGGAUACCAACCAUGAGAAGAAGACUGGUGAUGAUACCGAUUCUACUGUAAACGGCGCUUCCGACACUUUGACUGUGUUUGCAACAUCAUACGUGUCCCAAUCGCAGAGAGCCGGCACUCCAUCGAUUUUGACCGGACCGUCUUCAGCGGCGUCGCCCACCAGUGGCGUCGAUGAGGCUCCUACCUCUCCUUUAUCCGGACGCUCAGAGAGUGAGCACGAUAGCGAUGCCAGCACCGAGUCUGUGUCUACAGAGGAAAGGGAAUCUGAAUCUUCCCCAACGCCUCCAGCAACCAGCAACGGUGGUGGUCGUAGUCUAUUUGACCGGGUGGAGCUGGAUGAGAACGGCAAACCUGUCCGCCAGGAGUUACCUGGUGCCAAGGGGGUAGAUGGCAUCAAUGAGCCAAACCCAGCAGAGAAAGAUACCAUCGGUUCAUCGAUUUUUGCUACUCCCAAAUUUUCUUCCUCGUUCAAUUCUUCAAGAUCCAGCAGCACCUCUCUGUUCCAAACGAACGGACUCGAUUUCAAAUCUCCGGGAACUCUAUCCCCACUGAAACCGAGCCCGGGUCUUUCUGAUUCGAAAUCCUUUCCUGGUAUCACGGCCGCCAGCCCGGACGCAUCCGCGCCCACGUCCACACCUACCCCUUCACCUGCUCUAGUUCCAACCUCCGUGCCCGCCACCUCCACCCUCUUUUCCGGAGCAACUAGCUCCAUCCUACCGAAUGGCAACUCUCAGCUGUCCCCCUUCUCGUUCUCCGCUUCUACAUCCGCCAACGUAAGCCGCGCCACAACCCCCAACCUCUCCGAUACCGGUGCCGAUGAAUACGAAGACGCCGUCGAAGACCUCCCACAAGUCGACCUGCUCCGCGGUGGCGCAGGCGAAGAAAACGAAGACGAAUUAUUCGACGUGCGUGCCAAGGCGUUGCAGUUUAAGGCAGCACCGGGCGAAGAUAAACCCAAGUGGCACACUGUGGGUCUGGGUCUGCUGCGGAUCCUGAAGAAUAAAACUACGGGCCGUUCGCGGGUGUUGCUCCGUGCUGACCCGAGCGGUCGUGUGCUGCUUAAUGCUAAUCUGAUUGCGCCGGUUAACUAUAAGAAUCAAGGCACGGCUGUACAGUUUCUUGUGCCUGUUGAUGGGGCUAAGCCGGAGCAGUGGGUUGUUAGGGUCAAGGAGGAGAAGAUGGCUGUGGAGCUUGCGCAGGUGAUGGAGAAGAAUAAGAAGUGA